AUGGAAUUACGAAAACGAUCAUUAAUCAGAGAAAUUGAACUUGAGAAUAGUAAAUAUACAGCAAAAAAACAAAAAAAAAAUUUUUCAACAAUAAAAAGUCAAAUAGAAGAUCUAUCAGGUGAAAUUUGGUUUGAAAUAUUUGCAUAUUUUGAUGGUCAAUCUCUAAUAAAUAUAUUUUCAAAAUUGAAUUCAUUUAUUGAAUCAUUAUUAAAUGAUUAUCGUCUUCCAAUUCAUUUUAAUUAUUUUUGUUCGAAUUCUUCAGUUCCAUAUCCAUUAAAUUUAAAUCAAGUUGUAUCUCUCACAAUAAAUUAUUCUCAAAUAAUUGAUCAUUCAAUAAACAAUAUCAAUUCAUUGGUUCGUCUUCAUUCGCUUAGUUUAAUCAAUAUAAAUGAUGAGCAAUUAGAAAAUAUAAGUAAAUUUUCAUUUAAUAAUCUACAUCAAAUAUCCAUCGAAUCAAAACGCGUGAAAUUUAUAAUGAAAAUAAUAUUGAUCUAUUUUCCUAAUGUCAAUCGAAUGAUACUUAAUUCAAUGGGAAAAGAAUUUGUUGUUAAAUCUUGUCAUCAUGAUAAAAAUCAAAUAAGUCAACUUGAAAAGUUAACUCUUGAUGGACGAAUUAAAUUAGCUAAGCUUGCACGGCUUUGGUCUUUCAUUCCUAAUCUUCGCUCUUUUUCUAUUAUUAAUGGUGGAGUUCAUCAAUGUGAUUAUUGGAUGGAUGAAUAUAUAAUAUCUCAUCAAAAAUUUCCUCCUAAUUUAACAUUUAUUCAUAUAAAUAUUUGUGACGAUGAUAUGAACUUUUUAAAUCUUGAGAAAUUAAUUCCAAGAAGUAUUCGUUAUUUAAUAAUUAGUGGCUCAAUAGCUGAUGAUGAUUUCGAAGAUUAUUUAUCAUCAUCAAAUUGGAUUCGAUUAAUAUCAAAUUGUUCAAAUAAACUUUAUCGUAUAAAACUUGAUCUGUCAUCAUAUUUUGAUCCCAGUGAUUCAUCAGGAUUACAGAAAACCUUAUCAAAAUUUCGAAGAAAUUUGUUUUUCCGCAAUACUAUUAUUCAAAGUAAAAAUUUUUUUCUUACCAUCAAAGGAUAUAUUCAACCUGAUGGAUUUAUCAAUGAAUGA